CCGAGGGGAACUCCAGCCUGCCUGUCCGGGUGUCUCUCAGUAUCCACGUAACCAUGGCAAGGAUAGGUCACAUCCUCCUGGUGUUCCUCUCUGCUCUCGUCUUCGCUCCUGCGGCGACUCUCGAGUACCAGAAUUCCAACAGCCAGAAUGCCAUCGAGGCCGAUCCGGUACGAGUGAUGGUGUACCUGGAGACGCUGUGCCCCGACAGCAUCAACUUCGUGGUGAACCAGCUGGUGCCCGCGCGGGAUUCUCUCACAGACAUCAUGGCGGUUAACAUCACUGCUUACGGCUUCGCUUCGGACCAGCCUUCUGGCGACGGCUACGUCUUUGAGUGCCAACACGGGCCGGGCGAAUGCAAGGGAAACAUGAUCGUCGUGUGUGCCAAGAAGUACUUGGACCAUGAGACCUACGUCGACUUCACUCUCUGCCUCAUGAGUGGCUUCUACCCACCUAUCGAGGGCGAGAAGUGUGCCGAGAGGGUGGAAGUGGAGUGGCAACCCAUCGACAACUGUUCCCAGUCGGUGGAGGGCGAGCAGUUGCUUCACGAGGCAGGUCUUGAGCAAGGACUUCUCGACCCGAGGCCUGAUUGGAUGCCUUGGAUUAUCCUCAAUGAUGUGUUCACACAAGAGAACCAGCAUGACGCACAGGAGGACCUCAUCGAUCUCGUAUGCCGGUCGUACCAAGGCGAGAAACCCGAAGCUUGUCCUGCGGAAACGAUGCUUUGAUCGCACUGUGUGAUGGUUCUCGACGUCGCGUAGAGCAAAUGUGUCUGAGAUGUCGACGAGAUUUGCCUGGGUUAUAUUAUUUUUAUUAUCAUAAUUGUCGUUGUUGUUGUUGUUAUUAUCGCUAGUUAUUAAUAUUAUUAUUAUUAUCAUUAUUAUUAUUAUUAUUACUAUUAUUAUUAUUAUUAUUAUUAUUAUUGUUAUUAUUGCUAUUAUUAUUAUUAUAACUAAUUUUAACUUGUUUAGUUUUUGGUAACGGGGAUUCACCAUGGUAAAUAUGGUGAUUUUUUCAAAGGGCUCUCUUAACACUCGAAAAUAAAUUAAAUAAAAUGUG